AGAAGCCUGGAGAACUACACAGCCUUUCAAGACAGUAGCAUUUGAAAGCGGAGUGUAAAACGAAAACAAAAGUGGGAGCCCAACUCAGGAGUCAUUUGAUUUUCCUCCCUGCACCCAAGACUGCUUGCUUCUCUGCCGGCUGAAAACAGGUCAGAGCCAUGGCUUUGGAGCAGAAUCAGUCUACGGACUACUACUACGAGGAAAAUGAAAUGAACAGCACUCAUGACUACAGUCAGUAUGAAAUGAUCUGCAUAAAAGAAGAGGUCAGAAAUUUUGCAAAAGUUUUCCUCCCUGCCUUCUUUGCAGUCGCUUUCAUCAUUGGACUUGCAGGCAACUCCGUGGUGGUGGCAAUUUACGCCUAUUACAAGAAACAGAGAACCAAGACAGAUGUGUACAUCCUGAAUUUGGCUGUGGCUGACUUACUCCUUCUAUUCACUCUGCCUUUCUGGGCAGUUAAUGCAGUUCACGGGUGGGUCCUAGGGAAAAUGAUGUGCAAAAUUACUUCAGCCUUGUAUACAAUAAAUUUUGUCUCAGGAAUGCAGUUCCUGGCUUGUAUCAGCGUAGAUAGAUACUGGGCAGUAACUAAGGCCCCCAGCCAGUCAAGAGUGGGCAAACCUUGCUGGAUCAUUUGUUCCUGUGUCUGGGUGGCUGCCAUCUUGCUGAGUGUCCCCCAGCUGGUUUUUAAUACAGUCAAUGACAACAGCAGGUGCAUCCCCAUCUUUCCCCCGCACCUAGGAACAUCAAUGAAAGCAUCCAUUCAAAUGCUGGAAAUCUGCAUCGGAUUUGUGGUUCCUUUUCUUAUUAUGGGGGUGUGCUACUUUAUUACUGCAAGGACACUCCUGAAGAUGCCCAACAUUAAAAAAUCUCGAGCCCUCAAAGUUCUGCUCACAGUGGUGAUGGUUUUCAUUGCCACUCAGCUGCCGUACAACAUCGUCAAGUUCUGCCAGGCCAUAGACAUCAUCUACACCCUGAUCACUGACUGCAGCAUGAGCAAACGCAUGGACGUGGCCAUCCAAGUCACAGAGAGCAUCGCACUCUUCCACAGCUGCCUCAACCCAAUCCUCUACGUCUUCAUGGGAGCUUCUUUUAAAAACUACAUUAUGAAAGUGGCCAAGAAAUACGGAUCCUGGAGAAGACGGAGACAAAAUGUGGAGGAGAUUCCUUUCGAUUCAGAGGGUCCUACAGAGCCAACAAGUUCUUUUACCAUUUAAACCUAAAAUCGCUCUGUCAUUGCUUGGAUGCACAUGAAUGAUGCUUCUUCAGCUGAAACAUUUGCAUGUUCUAAAGCUCAGAUAUCAAACACUAUUUCUGUGUUUAUCACAGAGAAGCAGCUCUCGGGAGGGAGGGAGGGAGGGGACAAGUCAAGAAGUGGGAACAAUAAACAUAAAACAUGAAAAUUAACAAUAUAGGAAAGUACUAGUAACAGGCAUAAAUUAGAGCACUAGGUUAUGAAGAGGGAGAUCUUGGUGGAUGAAGGGAUAAUUUUGUAUCUUGAUUACAGCAUUGUUUACACAAAUCCACGCAAUGUACAUAAUGUCACAGGUUUCUACAAACACACUGUACCAAGUGCAACCCGGAGUUGUUUUGUACUAUCUUUAUAACGCCUCAUGACUAUAAUAAUUUCAAAAUAAAUUAAUUAUUUUUAAAUGUGCUAUUGGGUAGGCAAUCUAAAACCUACUC